AUGAGUGCAUCGACGUUCUCCGACGCCUCUCUUUCGCGCGAAGCCCAGAGUUCUGACUUUGACCUGACCAUACGCCAGCAGCCCGACCGGGCGCGCGUGGCUGGGGGCAAGGAGAAGGAGCGCAAGCCUAUCGAUCCACCUCCGAUCGUCCAGCUCCGGGUGCGUGAGGAGGGAUCUUAUCUAGCACAACACUAUCUGCAAAGUCCCUACUAUUUUAUGUGCUGCAGCUUGUACGAUGCUUCAGAUGAUCGUCCAGUGCCGGUCGCUCCGUCGACGGCGUUAGCAGGAACUCUGGUCUCGUCUCUUCACCGGCUGAAGGACGUGGAUAACAGUGAUGGAGGAUUCUUCGUCUUUGGAGAUCUUUCGGUGAAGAUUGAGGGCGAAUUUCGAUUGAAAUUCACCCUGUUUGAGAUGCGAAGAGAUCAAGUCACCUACCUCAAGACCAUUAUUUCAGAACGUUUCACAGUUUCACCCCCCAAGAGCUUCCCAGGCAUGAUGGAGUCCACGUUUCUCUCUCGGUCUUUUGCCGAUCAAGGAGUCAAGCUGCGCAUUCGCAAGGAGCCACGGACUAUGAUGAAACGUCCUCGACCGGAUGAGUUUCCGCAAGCACUUCCUCCUCGGUCUCCGGAUCGCCAGGCAGUUCAAAUUCCUCCUGCGGCGGCGGGCUUUGGCGGGUAUCCAGCGACCAGUCGGGAGUAUGCCUACUAUGGAGCACCGGUCAAACGGACGCGAACUUCUAUCGACUACGGUCGACAGAGUCUCUACCCGGAGACGGAUACCCGCAUGGCUCGUCCAAUGGAGACUUACGCUCAACCAGCGGCCAUGUACGGACAGCCCAACGCCUACCAGAAUCCUGCAAUGCAGUACUCGACGGGCCAGGUGGUACCAGAUUAUGGGAUGUCUUACGGUCUCCCACCGUCAGGUCCCAUGUCCCAGAUGCCAGACCCAUCCGGCCAAGCUCGAUCUAGCCAGCAAGCCGCCGUGGGACAGCUGAUGGCGAUGAACCAACCUGGUACUCCUACCCCGGAUUCGACUGGAGCGAUGAUGGCCCAGGGAUACCCUCGGGCUACAUACUCGACCGGUUCUACUAUUCUACCUCCGUUACAGCGCAAUCGCAGUUAUCCGGCAGGCACCAAUGGGACUGGCACCCCUCGAAACUACUUCGACCCGCCUUCUCCAUCGGCUACCCCAAUUUUGCCAUCUCAGAUGGCUCCUGAAGGUGACCGAUACGGCACUGCCUUUGACCCCUCCGGAUCUCCGAAUGGAACCCCUCAGUGA